AUGUCUGGUCCGCUCUCUCGAGACACGACACGCCUACCAACCAAGGCUCCCACCAGCCUCAAGAAGAAGGUCAAGCAGGAAAAGAACCAGCGCCGCUUGGCCGUCGGUGGUGAUGCUGAGGCCAAACCAUCGCCCUUGUCCGAAUCGUCCAUGGGUAGUCCGUCAACGCCUGCCCAUGAAAACGUCAAGAGCGCACCAGGCUCUCAUCAUCUUUCAACCCGUCCACUUCUAUACGACGACACGCACAACAACACACCAUCAACCGUCACGAUGGCCGCUGACAGCCAGCCCGAGAAGAAGCACCCAUGUGCCUCUGGAAGUUCCUCUGAAUCCAAGCCCAAGAUGAGCUAUGAAGAGACCUACAAGCACGAAGCCGAGACUGCUCGCCACGCGGCCGACGACCUGGCCGUCAAGGACGUCGAGACCUCUCAGAUGAGAGUCGAGAUUGCUAAGCCUCCCUUCUGGAUGAAGACCGAUGGUCUUGAGGCCAAGAAGGGUACCGUCAACACCCAUCCUUUGCUGAAGGAGAACAAGAAGUGUAAGCUCAACCCGAGAGUCUUGUGA